CUGUGGCUCCCUGCGCUCUAACCUUAAAGGCUGGUUUGGACUUCGUGGGUUGCAGGGGUCAGGCCAGCACUCCGGCAUUUCUUCCCUGGAGAUCCUGCCGAAUCCCUCCCACCCCACCCAAGGAGGUAUCUUCCUUGCUUAGUUUACUCCUCUUUCAUGUCUUCCCCUGUCCAUGCUCCACUCCAUCCGACCUGACUCCCCGGAUUUAUGGUCCCAUUUACAAGAAGCAAUCUUCGGAAAAACAAGGCGAUGAUUUAAAUGGGUUUGCAUUAGAGUGAAAUAUGGUCGGAAACAGGCUUGUAAAAGUGCCUGGGCUCCUAGGGGAGCAGGUUAGGGACAUGGAAUAUGAAAAAUGAGAAGAUGCUCUGAAAAAUGGCAUUUCUCAACUCCCCUGCUUCCCAUGCCCAAGCCACCUAGGAAACCUCGACUCCGUGGAAAUAUUCGCGAAGACCUCAAGAAGCCCCUUCUUCAACUGAGGGCUGGGCUUUAACCCGCAUGUGGAUGCUAAUUGCCCAUCUCUUUGGGGUUGAAUUUCCGACCUGUAGCCGGUCUCCAUCAGAGGCAUGGGGUACCCGCCCCACUAGGGAGACCCCGCCUGCUGACGUGAUCCCCGCAGAGUUGGUUUCCUCCUGGCAAUUUUUGUGCACCGCCUAAAUUGCGUUUGCAGUCCGGCCAGUGGCGAGAGCAGGGCGAUCAGCUAGCUUUCUGUUGCCACUUCAACCUCAGCUGGGGAUGAGCUCAUGCUAACUGCAAAAUAAAAUCGCUUUCACUGACUGUUCCCUCUACUCCCAGUCCCUCUCCCUCACUAAUGCAGCCCCACACCCGAAUCCCAGGCUCUGAGCUUGGAGAUAGAGUCUGCUCUGCCCAGGAACAGUGGGGUGUGCUGGGGCGGGGGGCAUGCAGGUCCCAUGUCCUGGGUUCCGAAACAGGAGGAAGGCAUGAGCAGUGGGUCCAACUGCAGUGCUCUGCCUCUAGUCCCUGCAGCCUCUGAACUUGUGCCUCCUUGGCUGCUCUGAGGAAAAAUGGAUGGCUUUGAGGGUUUUGAGUUUGCGGAACUCUCUGGCCGGGUCUCCGUGUAUGUUUGGUUUUUGUUUUUGUUUUUGUUUUUCUGUUUCUUUAUUUGGUUAUCCUUUUUAGACCCCUCCUCAUGGCCCCUUCUCAGCUUCUAUUUCCUUCCCUCAUUCCCAAGUUCUUGCCUCUAGUCAGGUCUGGUACGACUUUGCUAACCCAAGGCUUGCUCCCAGGUUUGGUAGUAGCCAAAUCCAACCUCUUCUGUUAGCUGUGCAAGAUGAUCCCUUCAGGACUGUGCUGCCCAAGUCUAAAAAGUGACUCUUGCUCGCAUGCUUCCCCUAAGAGUGUGAAUUUUAAGAGGGGCCUGCUGAUGAUGGUCAGGCCAGCACAGAACCUCCCUGAUCUCCAGGAGUGGGAACUUUGUAGUCAAGCAGCGGAGGUGCUCACCUGAAGCUAGUGAGGCCCCUCUGAUCUCUGGAGCAUCCUGAUACCUCCUGAGUGUGCCAGCAUGGAGACUUCUUGCUGCAUGCACUCCCCUAAAGUGAUUUGAAGGCAAACUUAACUCUAGGUUGCUUGCAUUCUGGAACAGCCCCUGGCUUUUGUCAUGAAAACUCAAAAGAGUUUCCUUCAUCUCUGAGCUUGAAGCUGGACAAUUUGGGGGUGGGGACGCUGCAGCUACAGAAAGGAUGAAAAGAUGAGCUGAGACAAUACCUGAGGAUGUUUAGUGUGUGUGUGUGUGUGUGUGUGUGUGUGUGUGUGUGUGUGUGUGUGCCCUCCCAAGCCUUGAGGGGUGGGCUGCUCAUUCUGGAUUUAGCAUUUUAGUAUUAUUUCUCUGCCUGCUUUUCUCCUCAAUGGGAACAUGGACAUCAUCCCAGCUGGGCCUGUGUGUCUGAAAAACAGUGAAAUACUUAAGUUAAGAAAGUCAUUGCAGAUGAAGCUAGGGACAGUGUGCAAAGGACUCCAGGGGGAGCUGAUUUCUCUUCAGUUGCAUUUAAAACUGAGGCAACUUCCAAAGAAACAAAUGGCUGGUGUUCUACCCCCAUCCCUGUUCUCUGAGCUGGGGAGGGAUGGAACCUAAUGCCAGUGUGAACAGUGUGGGUUGGGACUAAAACCAUUCAGGGAAAACACUGUCAUUUUCCUUUAAUUUGCAAAUUGCAGCUAUUCAUGUUGGGUUGUAGAGCUGAGGCAAAAGAGGCCCUGAUUCUCACCUGCAGUUACAGAGAAGAGGCUGGCAGUGAGAGGGAUGCUCCAACUUGUGGCGUGUGCUGCAAACUGGGCAUAGCAGUUACUAUGCAUCCUUCUUUAGCCAUUCCUCAUGUUGAAAUAAGUGUGUAUGUGUAUGCAUGCACAAACACAGAUAUGAGCAUAUAUCUCAAUGUACUUCUCUUUCUCUGUAUUUCAAGUAGGUAUUUUUUAGUGGCUUUUUUUUAAAAUGUGGUUUUAGAAUCCCCUAGACUGCAAGUUCCACUAGUUUUCCAGCUUCUGUCAACCUGCAACAUGAUUAACGAGAAUAAAGGUAGAAUAACAGUAGGCUCCUUCAAAGAGAGGAAGAGGAAAAAGCGAGGAGGUGAAUCUCCUCUGGAACCAUCGGGUUCUGUUCAAUUAAAAUUGUGCUAUAUAAAAUCAACUCCUCCAAAUGACUGAAUUCUGAGCUUUACAGUGAUUUGAGCUUUCUUCUUUGCUCUGGUCCUUGUGGGUGGCUGUGGGGACCAUGCCAAACUGAUCACUUGAGAUAUGAAUUUAUAGUGAGAUGAGCCUGUAGCCUGGGGGAGGAGGUACUUGCAGACUAAAUGAGGGGAUGCUGAGUGCUGGGGGCCAGGAGGAAGUAAUGAGAUACUCAGAGAUACAACAAAUGCUGUUACUGCCAGCACAGCCAGGGCAGAACUGUAAAAUGCAGACCUGAACAGGGAUGACUACUCAGAUGUAAAUACUGCCUUUCCAUCCCUCGGAAUUCUCUUCUUACUGGUGUGCAAGGCCAGUGAUAGGACUGGAAAGUCAGAUACCUCAGAUUAGUUAUGCAUCCACGGCUCCCGAGCUCAGUGAUGAUCGGCGCUAUGACUUCUUCUCUCGAGUGGUCCCACCUGAUUCCUUUCAAGCUCAGGCCAUGGUAGACAUUGUAAAGGCCUUGGGCUGGAAUUAUGUGUCUACUCUUGCAUCUGAAGGAAGCUAUGGAGAGAAAGGUGUGGAGUCCUUUACACAGAUUUCCAAAGAGGCAGGUGGGCUCUGCAUUGCCCAGUCCGUGAGAAUCCCCCAAGAGCGCAAAGACAGGACCAUUGACUUUGAUAGAAUUAUCAAACAGCUCUUGGACACCCCCAACUCCAGGGCCGUCGUGAUUUUUGCCAACGAUGAGGAUAUAAAGCAGAUCCUUGCAGCAGCCAAAAGAGCUGACCAAGUGGGCCAUUUUCUCUGGGUGGGGUCAGACAGCUGGGGAUCCAAAAUCAACCCACUGCAUCAGCAUGAAGAUAUCGCAGAAGGAGCCAUCACCAUCCAGCCUAAGAGAGCAACUGUGGAAGGGUUUGAUGCUUACUUCACAUCCAGAACACUUGAAAACAACAGGAGAAAUGUGUGGUUUGCUGAAUACUGGGAAGAAAACUUCAACUGCAAGUUGACAAUUAGUGGGUCCAAAAAAGAAGACACAGAUCGCAAAUGCACAGGACAGGAGCGAAUUGGAAAAGACUCCAAUUAUGAGCAGGAGGGUAAAGUUCAGUUUGUGAUUGAUGCUGUCUAUGCCAUGGCACAUGCCCUUCAUCACAUGAAUAAGGAUCUGUGUGCUGAUUACCGAGGAGUAUGCCCAGAGAUGGAGCAAGCAGGGGGAAAGAAGUUGUUGAAGUAUAUCCGCAAUGUUAACUUCAAUGGUAGCGCUGGCACCCCAGUGAUGUUUAACAAAAAUGGGGAUGCUCCUGGGCGGUAUGAUAUCUUCCAGUACCAGACAACAAACACCACCAACCCUGGUUACCGUCUUAUUGGUCAGUGGACAGAUGAACUUCAGCUCAACAUAGAGGACAUGCAAUGGGGCAAAGGAGUCCGAGAGAUCCCACCCUCUGUGUGCACAUUGCCCUGCAAGCCUGGGCAGAGGAAGAAGACACAAAAGGGAACCCCUUGCUGCUGGACCUGUGAGCCCUGUGAUGGAUACCAGUAUCAGUUUGACGAGAUGACAUGUCAACAUUGUCCCUAUGACCAGAGGCCCAAUGAAAAUCGAACUGGCUGUCAGAACAUCCCCAUCAUCAAACUGGAGUGGCAUUCUCCCUGGGCUGUCAUUCCCGUCUUCCUGGCAAUGUUGGGGAUCAUUGCCACCAUCUUUGUCAUGGCCACUUUCAUCCGCUACAAUGACACACCCAUUGUCAGGGCUUCUGGACGGGAACUCAGCUACGUUUUAUUGACUGGCAUCUUUCUCUGCUACAUCAUCACCUUCCUAAUGAUUGCCAAACCAGAUGUGGCAGUGUGUUCUUUCCGGCGUGUCUUCUUGGGCUUGGGCAUGUGCAUUAGUUAUGCAGCCCUUUUAACAAAAACUAACCGGAUUUAUCGCAUAUUUGAGCAGGGCAAGAAAUCAGUGACAGCUCCCAGACUCAUAAGCCCGACAUCACAACUGGCAAUCACUUCCAGUUUAAUAUCAGUGCAGCUUCUAGGUGUGUUCAUUUGGUUUGGGGUUGACCCACCCAACAUCAUCAUAGACUACGAUGAGCAUAAGACAAUGAACCCAGAGCAAGCCAGGGGAGUGCUCAAAUGUGACAUCACAGACCUUCAAAUCAUUUGCUCUUUGGGAUAUAGCAUCCUUCUCAUGGUCACAUGUACUGUGUAUGCCAUCAAGACUCGGGGUGUACCAGAGAAUUUUAAUGAAGCCAAGCCCAUUGGAUUCACUAUGUACACGACAUGUAUCGUAUGGCUUGCCUUCAUCCCGAUAUUUUUUGGCACUGCACAGUCAGCAGAAAAGCUCUACAUUCAAACUACCACACUUACAAUCUCCAUGAACCUAAGUGCGUCAGUGGCGCUGGGAAUGCUAUACAUGCCGAAAGUGUACAUCAUCAUUUUCCAUCCUGAACUCAAUGUCCAGAAACGGAAGCGAAGCUUCAAGGCCGUAGUCACAGCAGCCACCAUGUCAUCAAGGCUGUCACACAAACCCAGUGACAGGCCCAACGGUGAGGCAAAGACAGAACUCUGUGAAAACGUAGACCCAAACAACUGUAUACCACCAGUAAGAAAGAGUGUACAAAAGUCCGUAACUUGGUACACUAUCCCACCAACAGUAUAGCUUUUGACUGCUUCCCGAAAGGCCCCGCUGCAAAAAAGAAGUAUGUCAGUUAUAAUAACCUGGUUAUCUAACCUGUUCCAUCCCAUGGAACCACGGAGGAGGAAGACCCUCAGUUAUUCCGUCACCUAAUCUGGCAUAGGACUCUUUUGGUCCUGCCUGCUUCCCAUCUCUGGAGGAGCUUCCCCAGCUGGGAGACCAGUGUUAGAGGAUCCACACAUCCUAAACAGCUGCUUUAUGAGACACCUUUACUUUAUCUUGGCUUAAGAAGUCAUUGGCAUCAGCACUGCCAUCUUGGCUGCAAUUUUGGACUCCCUACACAAAGGGAGACGUAAGACUCAAGUCCCACCCGGCUCUUUUGGAUGAACUGUUGAGAGCCUCAGGACUGUUUUUUUGGGGCUGAUUUGUCUUUCUACGUAUGUACUUCCAGGCUGCAAGGUUUUGAAAUUUUCUGUACAGUUUGUGAGGACAUUUGCACUUUGCCACCCAAUGUUGUACCUUGGUUCACUGUUUGUUUUUGAAUGCCCUGUUUUCAUAGAACCCUAUCCUCUCAGACGGUGGAAUCUUUGGGAAAAAUUUAAAACAACUAAAUUUAAAGAAAAAUAAAUCUCGGCAGACAUAAAAGAACACAACCCCACACACACAUCUGUAAAUGACUGUGUGGUUAUGAUUAUAGUAUCAUAGAAAGCCACAUUAUUUUUUUUAAGGACACACACAAAAAGAUAUUUAAAGACCAAAAACUGUGCUGAGAAGAUAUGCUCCACCUAUCUUUGGUACACAAGAGGUGAUGUGAUGUGAAAGAAAAGCAUUGGCUAAAUGGAAUAGAGGUCUUGAUCUUUGGUAUGCAUGCCAGUAAUGUAUUUUACAGUACACGUUUAUAUUUAUGUUUAAUAUUUGUAUUUGUGUUCUCUUUUGUUAAUUUACUUAGGUAUAUGGAUAUUUUGCAAUAAUUUUAAUGAUUAUUAAGCUAUCUGAAGGAAAGAAUAUGGAUUUUUCAUGUCUUGAGGUUUUGUUCAUGCCCCCUAUGACUGACCAAUGUGAUAAGGACUUUAAAAAAGAAGCAUGUAUGUUUUUUACUGUUUGUAAUAAGUACUUUCGUUAAUCUUGCUGCUUAUGUGUCAAUUUAGUGGAAAAAAAUCCCUUGCUGAAAAAAAUUUCCUUUCCAUUCUCUUCCAGUUCUGUGGUAUUGUCUAAGAAUGUAUCAAUAAAAUACUUUGGUUAACUUUUC